AUGAGACAGGAGACUGGACAGGGACUGGGCAAGAGACUGGACACGGGACUGGACACUAGACACAAAUGGAGAUACAGACUGGACUGGGGAUGUGAAAGGAGACAGGACAGGGAACUGGACAGGGGAGGGGGCAGGACACUGGACACGGGGCUGGAUGUUGGACAAGGGAACAGGGAUGAAAACAUUGACUGGGACAGACACAAACACAGUAACAGGGACUGGCAAUCAGAUCAGUGUUGUUCAGUAGCUGCUGGAGUUUCUGACUGUCUGAUAAUCUCCAGCCUCAGUAAUCAGAUCUUUACUGCAUCUUAUGUUUCAGGAGUUUCUGGAGCAAAGUGGAGUAUGAAUUACAUCCAGCAGGAAAUAUGUGCUUUAAAUGGAUCUACAGUGUUUAUGAACGGAACUUUUACACAUCCAGAACAUCUUACAGUGAAUAAGUCAUUUUGGGUCAUAGACCCAGUUAAGGGUGUUGAUUCACCUGAUCUGAGUACAGUUUCAAGUUUCUCAGGCAGGGUUGAGUAUUUUAUUGAUGAACAGAAUAAUUUCGCCCUCAAGCUGAGUAACAUAAUGAAGAAGGAUGAACAUAAGUACUGCUUCAGAGUCACAACAACUCUAGAAAGAGAUAAAUGGAUAGGAACACCUGGAAUAAAACUCAAUGUUACAGAGCUCCAUGUAGAAUCUCCUGGAGAAGUAACAGAAGGAGAAUCAGCAGUUCUGACGUGUAAAACCACCUGCAGUCUGACUGAUCCAACAUUCAUCUGGUACAAAGAUGGACGUCCUUUAACCACAGAGAUGAUCCAGAAGAAUCAGCAGCUCCACCUGCAGUCAGUCAGCAGUGAGGAUGCAGGCAGUUAUAGCUGUGCUGUAAGAGGAUCUGAACAUCUCCCCUCUACUGCUCAAACUCUCAGAGUCAGACAUCCUCCAAAGAGCGUCUCAGUGUCCAUCAGUCCCUCUGGUGGAAUAGUGGAGGGAAGUUCAGUGACUCUGACCUGCAGCAGUGAUGGAGACCCACCUGUGGAGAACUACACCUGGUUUAAAGAAGGUGGAGACUCACCUGUAGGAUCUGGACAGAGUUUCAGCAUCAUCAACAUCACUGCUGAUCACACUGGACUGUACUACUGUGAAGCUCAGAAUGCAGUUGGAGUUCAGAAUGGAUCUGUGAUGAUUGAUGUUCAGAGAUGA